GAUUGAUGUCGUGCUUGCAUUAUCUCUGCCGAAUCACGAUAUGUCUGUGCUUACAGAGUAACCAGAUUUGUCAAGGGGUAGGGGUCCGAUCAUGAUGGGGCUUGGAAGAGAGUAUCAGGUCGCAAAGCGGUUUGUUGCAGAAUUACAGCAGUCCCACAACAGUAAUAACAAGUUACGGCAGCGGCGGUCUCAUCAUACCGGCUUGAGCCGUCGCAACGAGCAACGAGCAUUAUGGAUGUUCACGGAGUGCAUUAUAUACUCAUAUACUCAUAUACUUAGCAGCGUGUACUCGGUGCAUUCAAAUCAGGAUCCUUCAACAUAUUAUACUCUUGAAACGUAAAGUCAAACCCCGGGCACAUCAUGAGCGGUCGAAAUAACUCUACAGCGGUCAGAAGGCUGGCCAAAGAAUACAAGGAUCUGUCGAAAGAACCCCUCGAGGAGAGCAUGUUCGUAGCAGGACCGAUCUCGGAGGAUGAUUUCUAUGAGUGGGAAGCGCUCGUAGUUGGACCCGAGGGGACGCCUUAUGAGGGAGGAGUAUUCUGUGCGAAAUUGAGCUUUCCUAAAGACUACCCGUUAAACCCGUUCAAGAUGGUCUUCGAUCCUCCUGUGUAUCAUCCGAACGUUUACUCAAACGGCGAAGUAUGCAUAUCCAUCCUCCAUACCCCCGGAGACGAUCCCUUGCACUACGAAAAGGCCUCGGAGCGCUGGUCACCAGUGCAAGGGGUGAGGAGCGUAUUGAUGAGCGUACUGAGCAUGCUCGCAGAGCCGAAUGUCGAGAGUGGGGCUAAUAUCGAGUGCUGCAAGGUAUUCAGAGACGAUACGCCGUUGUUCGAGAAGAUUAUCCGGGAUCAGGUCAGGCAACAGCUCGAGAUCCCGCCUGAACUAUGAUUACCGUCCACGUUACACGACACCCAGCAUGAAACACCGUCCAUUGCAGCCGCCAUCCCUUUGUACGACAACAUCCAUGCUAUGCGAUAUGAUACAAUAUUAUACCCCCUCUGCUCGA